AGCCUUUUGAGGGGAAAGUUCUGCUGCUGACUGACAGCAGAGCACUUAAUUGUCUCUUAAACACCUGCAGUAGCCCUCAAGUACUGACAGUGCACAAAAUACAGUUUAGGGACAUUUCAGCUUCUGUAACACCACUUGCUGUACUGUGGUGAGUACAAAUGUUGAAUUUCUUACUGCUCUUUCUAAAUGGAAUCAGACUGUGUGUCCUGCAUUCGUUAUUCCUUCAGGACUGCUUUGUCUGGAGAUGACAAGGAAUUACUGCAUCAUGCAUUUUCUAUCCAGAAUUAAUAGUAUAUGUUUUUAAUAACUUCUACUGAGCUUUCUCAAAGGAUGCUGAUUCCUUGAUACACUUGGAUGAAAUCCUUCACUUAACAGCUCUGCUUUCUUAUCCUUAAAAAAAAAAAAAGAAGAAGAAGAACAAACAGUAUUUGUUUGUAAUGCCAUUUUUCUGCUUAGCCUGGCAUAAGGCACUUCUUACCACCUCUGUUGGCUUUGCCAUGUUAUCAGCUUCAGAGGCGGGUUGAUAGUUGCUAUACAACAAAAUAGAUAGUCACAGAUGUUAGUGGUUCAAAUUAGCAAGGUGUUCAGCUAUCCAUUAAGACAUUGCAUGUACCUUGGUAAACUUAGAACACAAAAUAGCAAGGCUGGACUAAUUGAAGCCAAUGGAGAGCUUAAGGUGUUUAUAGACCAAAACCUAAGUCCUGGAAAAGGAGUUGUUUCUCUAUUGGCUGUUCAUCCCUCUACAGUAAAUACACUCGGAAAACAGCUCCUGCCAAAAACAUUUGGACGGUCUAAUGUCAACAUUGCACAACAAGUGGUUAUCGGUACACCUCAGAGACCUUCAGUGCCAAAUACUAUCCUGGUAGGAAGUCCACAUACACCUAACACGCAUUUUGUAUCACAAAACCAGACUGCAGAUUCUUCGCCGUGGUCUGCUGGGAAGCGGAACAGAAAAGGAGAGAAGAGCGGCACGGGUUUACGUCAUUUCUCUAUGAAGGUUUGUGAGAAGGUACAAAGGAAAGGAACCACCUCAUACAAUGAGGUGGCAGACGAGUUGGUUGCAGAAUUCACUACCCCUGACGAUCACAUUUCACCAAAUGAAUCACAGGCUUACGACCAGAAGAAUAUUAGACGACGUGUCUAUGAUGCCUUAAAUGUCCUCAUGGCCAUGAACAUUAUCUCUAAGGAGAAGAAAGAAAUCAAAUGGAUUGGUCUACCUACAAACUCGGCUCAGGAAUGUCAGAAUUUAGAGGUGGAGAAACAGAGAAGACUAGAAAGAAUAAAGCAAAAACAAUCUCAACUACAAGAACUCAUUCUACAGCAAAUUGCCUUCAAGAACCUCGUUCAGCGAAAUCGUCAGGCAGAACAGCAGGCAAAUCGACCGCCACCUUCCAAUUCUGUCAUCCAUUUGCCAUUCAUCAUUGUGAACACCAGCAAGAAAACAGUGAUCGAUUGCAGUAUUUCAAAUGACAAGUUUGAGUAUCUAUUUAAUUUUGACAAUACUUUUGAAAUUCAUGAUGAUAUAGAAGUACUAAAACGAAUGGGAAUGGCCUGUGGGCUAGAAUCUGGAAGCUGUUCAGCAGAGGACCUAAAAAUUGCAAGGAGUUUGGUUCCCAAAGCUUUGGAACCAUAUGUGACAGAAAUGGCUCAGGGAUCAAUCAGCAGUGUAUAUGUCACAUCUUCGUCAGGUUCCACAUCAAAUGGCACAAGAUUUUCAGCCAGUGACUUUUCCAAUGGUGGAGAUGGGAUGUUGGCUACAAGUUCCAAUGGAUCUCAGUACAGUGGCUCCAGAGUUGAAACACCAGUUUCUUAUGUGGGGGAUGACGAUGAUGACGAUGACGACUUUAAUGAAAACGAUGACGACGACUGAUGCCCUUUGCUUGUAGACUUGUUAAAAUUCAGCAAGCUUCAGGAAUAAAUUGUUCUAGGGAGAGAAGUCUCAAAUAACUUUGCCCCAUCCCUCAAGGAAAACGUUGGUAAGCAGUUCUGAGUUUAGAAAUGCACCUCUGAUAAGCAAGCGAGGAUUGUUUUAUGUAGGAUAUUUUUAAAUGUGGUGUGGAUGUGUGUUUUUGAUACCAGUGUGUUAAUGCAGAGCCUUUAUUUACUCUUGGUUUAGGGGUUUUUGGUUUAUUGUUUUACUUUGUUUUGUUUUUGGGUUUUGUUUUUUUUUUUUUUUUACUUGAAGGAAAAUGGAUUUUGCCCCCAAAUGUUCUUGCUGAGUUUGCUAAAGAAAAUGUAGACACAUCAUUGAGAAAUAAAAUGCUGUCCUUCUGUGGAAAAUGAAUACACUGAAUGGCAAUUUAUUUGGAGUGUAUUUUGGUUAUACCACUUUUCGAGGGAUAGUGAGCUAAUGUAGUAGUGUGUUUUUUGUUAACCAUGCAGUGUCCAAAGAACCAAACAGGAAAGAUACGUCCUACUUUUAUACAUGUUAAAUUCCAGAAAUGUUGUUGUGAACUAAUUUUCCCUUAAAUUAUAUCUAACAUUAUGAUUCCAUCGAGUUUAUAUACUUGUCACUGUAUGUCGGGACAUAAGAAUUACAAACUUUUUGGCAAAUGUUUACUGCCAGCUGGUGCAGCUAUAUAAAAUGUCUUGAAGGUUUGGAAUGAUUUAUUGCUUAUGGUAAAAUUUGCCUGAUUUCUUACAGGCAGACUUUGGAAACUUUUUAUUAUAUAGUUGUUUACAUACUUAUAAGUCUAUCAUAUAAAGACAUGUACUGAAACAAAUGUUUGUAUUUGUUUCAUAAGCAUCUUCCUGUAAUCUAUUAUAAAGUUGAAAUUAAAUAUAGAGAAUGUUUUAAGUUUUUUAACUCAAAAUUUGUCAAUCAUUUUUAAUAGUUGGUUUUUAUAAAAGGAAUUUCAGGGCAGGUGGUAGUCUUUUUAAAUUUAUUCACAAACAAUUAACUGCACAAGUACUGUCAGCUGCCUAUUCUAAGACAGUAGUCUUUUUAUUGAAACACAAAUAAACUUUUCUGUAAUAUUUUAUGGAAUAUAAAGAGACUAUAAUUGUUUGACUUGUUUAACCUUGGCACUGUUAGUUUUUAUUAAUAAAACGCGCAUGGGCAUUUUUAACAA